AUGCAGAACGAAGCAAAAUGUGGUGCUUCGAAGCCACGCAUUGAGCGCCGCCGCACCCACACGACUGGUCGUGUUGAGGGCAGCCAUCUCGAGGAUGCCAGGCUUGGACGGAGGAGGUCUACUUCCACUCGUGGAGAGCCUAGGGCGCCAUCAUCGUUGGCAGUGUCCAGGGUAAGGCCUCCUGCUGUGAGUGAGAAUGAUGCGCAAGGCAGUGGAGAGGAAAGGGUGAUUACGCGAAAGCGGUCUGUUAUACCGCCUUCUUCGGCUGUAAGUCAAUCACAGCGAAAUGGCCUUGCUGCGCUGGCGACCGGUCAUCGUGUCCGGUGCCCGCAGCCUGGUUAUGCUGAUGGCAGUCCAACACCGCGGCGUCCGCCUGCUCUGACGCAGCGGAACUCUUCACUUCAGCUCAGCAACGCCGUGGCCGAGAUCCAUGGUACUAGCUACGGUGGCAACUCUAGCCCUCGGCACUUUGCCGAACCGAAAGCGUCCGCCUUCCAGACAUAUGCGACAGCCAAGCACUCCAUCCGCGAGACGCAGACAGCUGACCAGAUCCUGGCCUAUGCAAGAGACGAAUGUCUCCGCGACUUCCAACAGAAGAAAGUCCGUGAGCGGAAGUCCUUCAUACUCGCACCAUUCCAGAAGCGAAUGAAUACACCUUUCUCGAAGGCGCAAGAUAAGAAGUACGAUGAUUCGCUGCCUCCGUUCAACUAUGCUGGAGACUCAACAAUGACACCACCGGCCCCUGAAGUCGAUCUGGCUUCGCCAGAUCCGCUGCCGUUUCUCCAGCCGCACGACAGGAAGUCACCCAACUUUUCCGAAUCGCUCAGAGGUCGCAUCAAGAAGGCGUUUCGCAAGGCGUCGAAAGCCCCUCCAGCUCUUCCACCUCAGCAUGUCCAGGCGAAGCAGUACCACUACCCUACCGACUUCUCGUUCAGCGCGACACCCGCGGCGAUGGAGCAUGAGAGCGACCCCUUCGAGUCGUUCACAAAGGAGAUCGCACCCGAAAGUGAGACGGGAAGUGGUAACAGCAGGGCCAGCGCAGGGUCAACCGCAGACAAGUCGAGGGUUACCAGCUGGACCAACUCCACGGCAGCUGGAACAUGCACGUCGCGUCUACCGGCUGAACGACCUUCUGUUCUGGAGCACGAGGUCACGCUUGAUGGGAACAGCAGAACAUCUACUUUGCGCAAAGCGAAGUCCUUCUUCGGCAGACCGGUACAGAACAAACUACAACGUUCAAGCCGUGCAGAGUUGAAGAGCUCAGAGGACAGUCAAGGCUUGUACUCCGCGCUCCAGAAACGUAUCAAACCCGUUAUUUCAGCACGGUCGGCCAGUGGGUCAAGUGACCAUGGGAGCGUUCAGCACCCAAGGGUACCAUCAGCGCUUGCGUCUUUGCCGUCUCAGACAAGGGAUCGCGAGCCGAAUCCGACCGAUAAUGGACGCAACACAGCCACCAUGAGGACGGUAACGCCCGACCCUGCAGCCUACAGGGUGGGCAUCUGCUCGCCAGUGCCAGAGGUGGGAAGUCCGUUUGAAUCUGGAAUGACAACGGCGCAUGACAGCGCCCACCACGAUGUCCAGUUGCCGGCAAGCGUCACGAUCCAGCGUCGCCGUGCCAACAAGGCUCCGGCUCCUUCCGCCGAUCAACUACAGCGUCGAAUGGAGAAGUCAAGGAAUCGAUGGAAAGGACCGCUUGACGAGCUGUCUCCGCGCCCAGACAGGGCGGCCGUGGAGGAGAACCUGUAUGAGCUGCGCUCGCUAAGCCACACUCACCAGCAGGCGGAGAUCAAAAGCGACCUACCACACCCUGCAAAAGUGGGCCAGCAAGAUCAGGGUUCGAGGGCGGCGAUACUAUCACCGAGCUUGUAUUCUCGUGGCACAGAUGGUGCGUCGCCGAGACCAGUCACGCCAGCCGAGCAGAGUAGCAUGAGCGUGACUAUCACCGGCCGAGAAGUGAAGAGUUACGCUAUCUCUCCGCCGAAGGAGGCUGAAUCUGAGCAACCGGCUCAGACGAGCGGGCAGUGGCGUCGAUGGCUGUCGGAUGAGUUAGAUGGGUUCAAGCUUGCUCAGGAGGACUUUACCCUCACUCGAGCGUUUCUGCAGGAAGGCUCGAGACGUUCGUCGCAGCAGGGCGGGACAGCUCAUGAUGCGCCAAGACUUACGUCUGCCUCGCCUCUGGUGGAUGCCCGCCCCCCAUCUGCUGCAACGCCCGCUAGGCCACAUUCGGGCGGAACUGGCCGCAUGAGAGCGAGUAGCAGGCGCUGGAGCUUCAUGAAUGAGCGGUUUCCGAUGCUGGAUACCAGUCGCAAGUCGAGCGAUCAGAGCGUGAGCAACCGGCGAGUGCCAUCGCGUAGUGGCGAGCAUGUCGUUGUUGGCCGAGCUUCUAUUGCGCGAAUGGAGACUACGCCAGCAACUUGCAAUGCUGCUAGUGUGCAAGGUGGUAUCGCGGAGGUCUUCAUGAGCGGUGGACUGCCCUCACAACAAGGCAACGCGAAGGAAGCCACAUUGGUGACAGUGGCUGCUGAUGAACGGCCAAAGAUGUCAGCAAGGCGGAAGUCCGCUUUUGAACUUCGAGCGAACGUCAAGGAUACCUCGACCGGCCGAUCGACACCAAUAGAGAUACGACGUAAACCCAUCCAUGACAACAUCAAUCUGUUAGAGGACAACACCAUCCGCAACAUCUCAGCCGGCCCCUACGCCUCACAGCCUGCCAUCACACGAGCGUCAACUGCGCGGCAAGACAACAACGAGAACACGCCGCCACCCGGGCUACCUGCUGUCUCCAGCUCAGAGUGGCUGGCGGCAGGUACGUAUAAAGCGCGCAAGACGUCUGCUGCUGUGCAUCCGACGCACACGAGUAGAUCCGUCUCGCGGUAUUCGCCGGCGAGGACAGUUGAACCGGGCGAGAAGGGUGCUAAUGGCAAGGGAAGUCCGGCGCAGAGGAUGGCGAGUGAGUGGUUGACGAGGAGGAGCAGAGAGUCUACGCCGGCUUUUGUUUGA